GUUCGUACCGUCGGUUUGCCUUCCCUGUGUUCUCGGGUCUCGCAGGUUGAUGGAGACAGUUGGAGCGGCGAGGAGCUGGUCCGGAUGGAGACGACGGGAGAAAGUACUUUGACCCGGUUCUGCUGAAGACUUUCACUGUUUUCUCAUCGGAGUUUUUGUAUUUUCUAACUUUCCAGCGUUUUUUUUUUAUCUCUUUACGGUCUGAUUUGUGUUUCCUUGGCAACACAAUCAACUAUCCGAGCGAAGUUUGGAUCAAGUGUUUGCCUACCAUCAGCAAUAGAAACGCUGUAAUUUAGCGGCGAAACUAACGGAACCUACUCCAGAACUUUAGAAAAACCUCUGUGAGGGAGGUUCCGACCCGGUCCAGCUGGUUUUUACCCGCCUUUCCUCCACUUUUCGGACUUACCGUGGGGACCCGGACAGACAAUAGUAGCUACUGCGGAGCUCGUGCGCAGGGGAGGGGGGACGGGGGGGGGGGGGACGGGGGGGGGGGGGGGGGGGUGCCGAUGCUUUGAUCCGGAUCGAUCGGCGGAUUGAUGAGUGAUUGAUGACCAAGCAUGGAUGUGACCCUGUCCGAGCUGCUGGCCUCCUUCAUGGAGUCUCCGCUGGUGCUGUGGGUGCGCAUGCUGGGUCCGCUGGGCUCCGAGGAGCGGGUCGCCAUGUUCAUGGAGCUGGUGGAUGGUGUCUUCCUGCAUAAGGUCAUGACCCACAUUGACCCCAGCCCCACCAAUCAGAGGCUGAACAAAAACGUGAACAACGACGUGUCGCUGCGCCUCUACAACCUCACGGUUCUGACCCGGCACAUCAGAACCUACUACCAGGAAACGCUGCAGCAGCUGGUAGUGAUGCCUCCUCCCAACAUCCUUCUCAUCGCCAACGACCCCAUGUCAGUGGGGAGCAUGGAGGAGCUGAAGCGCCUGCUGCUGCUGCUGCUGGGCUGCGCCGUGCAGAGCGAGCGCAAGGAGGAGAUGAUCGACAAGAUCAAGCUGCUGGAUAUCCAGACUCAGGCCGCCAUCGUGUCUCACAUCCAGGAGGUCACUCACAACCCGCUGAAUGUCCUGGAUCUGUCCUGGAUGGAGGAUGGAGCCGAGCUUGUCCCUGAGGAGCUGGAGCCGCUGUCCCGCAACAUGGCCGCGUCGCUACGGCAACUCAUCGACCAGCGAGACAAAGCCACGGAGGCGAUCCUGGACCUCACCCUGGAGAGGGACUACCUGUCCGACCAGCGGCCCCUGGAUGGAGGUGAGAAGCCUGACCGAGCCCCGAAGAAGGGCGGGCCAUCCGGAACCGAGCCAACCCAGGAGGAGAAGCAGCACCUGGCUGUGGAGCUGGCCGACAGCAAGGCCAAGCUACGCCGCUACCGGCAGGAGCUGGAGGAGAAAACAGAACAGCUGAUGGAUUCAAAACACGAGGCGGAGCGUCUGGAUCAGGAGCUGCAGAAACUCAAGCAAGAGAACCAGUCGUUGUCCUGCGAGGCCCGUUCGGUCCGAGCGUACCGGGACGAGGUGGACGCCCUGAGGGAGCGAGCGGCGCGGGUGGACCGGCUGGAGGUGGAGCUUGGCCGCUGCAAGGAGCGACUCAACGAUGUUCACUUCUACAAGACCCGGAUGGAGGAGCUGCGAGACGACAACACGACGCUGCUGGAGACCAAGGUGCUGCUAGAGGAGCAGCUGGCGGCCGCCAGGGGGCGCUGCGACAAGCUGCACAUGCUGGAGAAGGACAACCUGCUGCUGCGCGCCAAGAUCCACGACCUGGAGAUGGAGCGCGAGGGCGACCGGCAGCGGCUGGAGGAGCUGUUGGAGGAGAACCUGCUGCUGGAGCUGGGCCAGAAGCAGAGCAUGAACGAGUCGGCCCAUCUGGGCUGGGAGCUGGAGCAGCUCUCCAAGAACCAUGAUGGCCUCGCCUCAGAGAGUCGCAAGUCUCUGGUCCACGAGCUCAAUGAAGGCGUCUCCAGCCGGGUUCUGAAGCUGGAGAAGGAGAACCGGGAGCUGCAGGCCUCCAUAGAGAGACUGAAGGAGGAGAACCUGCUCCUGCAGGAGCAGCAGCUGCACACGCAGGAACUGGACCGGGAGAACCAGAGCCUGAGCAACAAGCUGGAGCAUCUCCAGGUUCUGCUGGACCAGGAGAAACUGACCAAUCAGGACAUGGAGACUCUGGGGGAGGAGCUCCUGAAGGAGAAACAGAGUCUGGAGCGAGAGAUUCACGCUCUGCGGGCCGACAAGGACCGCCAGAUCUCGGAGCUGCAGAGCGAGCAGCAACACCUGUCGGAGGCGGUGAAGGCCCUCCAGGAGCGCGCUCAGUCCAGCAGCGAGGUCCGAGUCCGGGAGGCGGAAGCCAAGAACCGCCUGCUGCACCAGAGCGUCACAGACGCUGGCUCGCGGCUGGCCAGCCUGGAGGCGCAGCUGAAGGUGGUGAGCGAGGAGGCGGAGUCUCUGAGGGAGAGGGCGGGGCGCUGCGAGGAGGCACAGAGGGAGGCGGCCCGUCUGGAGCGGAGCAGGGAGGCUCUGACUCGAGAGGUGGCGACGCUGCGCUCCUGCAGCCAGCAUGCUGAGGCCCUAGAGAGGCAGGUGACCUCCCUGCAGCAGGAGGCGCUCCGCCUGAGACGCGAGGCCGAGGAGGCCCAGAAGGAGCUGCAGCGGCUGGCCCAGCAGGAGGCGCAGAACAGCCUGCUGUCCACGGAGAACCUGGAGCUCCGCCGCUCCAUGGAGAACCUGCGCUCCUCCUCCGCCCGCCUGCCCACACUGCAGGAAGAGCUGCAGGAGGCACAGAGGGAGACCCAGGAGGCCCAGAAGAGUCUGGAGGAGGCCCGGGAGGAGGCGCAGGGACAGAGGAAAAGGGCGGAAAGGCUGGAGCUGAACCUGUUGGCUCUGAAUCAGGAGAAACAGCAACUACAGGAGCAGCUGGAGAGGAGCAGGGAGGAGAAGCUCGAGGCGGACGGGAGGGUCAGGGAGAACCGGAGAAGGGAGGAGGAGCUGAGCCGGGAGGUGGAGGACCUGAAGGAGGAGCGCAGAAGAAGAGAGGAGGCAGAAGAGGAAAGGAGGAAGCUUCAGUCAGAUCUGGAACAGGCAGAGAGGAGCCGCAAGCAGCUGGAGAAGGAGAACCUGAGAGUCCGAACACUGCAGGAGGCCAAGGAGCUGGAGCUGGAGGAGACCUCCAAUCUGGCCUCCACCUCUCUGAAGGAGGCCGCCACCCUGAGGAGGGAGCUGGAGAGGCUGGAGGAGGUGUCGGCUAAAGCCAAGGAGCUAGAGCGGGAGAACAAGGAGCUGCAGAAGGAGGCUACCAUCGACAAGAAGACCCUGGACACCCUGAGGGAGGAGCUGGUGUCUGAGAAGCUGAAGGCCCAGCAGCAGAACCUGGAGCUGGAGAGAAUCGACGAGGAGCUGGAGAGGAUUGGACUGAGCCGGGAGACGCUGCUGCAGCAGGAGCACACACUGGAGGACAGGUGGCCGGACCUGAACCUCCAUCAGAGCCUGAAGGAGGAGAUCGGCGGCCUGGAGAGGAAGCUGGAGGAGAGCAACGCCCUGAACGAGUCCCUGCGCCGCCAACUGACCACCCAGCAGAAGGACAGCUCCCAGCAUGCCUCGGUGCGCGGUGCUGCUCCUGAGCUGCUGCGCUUCCAGGAUCAUCUGAUCGCCGUGGAGAAGAGCAACGCCUCCCUGCAGACGGAGAGCAGCUUGCUGAAAGAGCAGCUGAAGCAGCUGGAGAGCCAGAACAGUUCCCUCAACAGCCAGAUGGCGGCGCUGCAGCGCCACGCCUCCACCCUGCAGGAGCACAACGCUGGCCUGCACACCCAGACCGCCAAGCUGCAGGUGGACAUCUCAGCCGUGUCCUCGCAGAGUGCCUCCCUCAUGGCCCAGAAUGCCGUGCUGCAGGGCCAGGUAGGCGCCCUGGAGGCCGAGGCCGAGUCGUGGCAGCGGCAGCGCGAUGAGGCGUGGCGCGCCCGCAAGAACGCGCUCGCCGACCACGAGCGCCUGCUGAGCGUGCACGAGAGGCAGGCGCACGAGUACGAGCAGCUGAUCAGCCAGCACGCAGCGCUGAAGGGCCAGCAGAGGGCGCUGGAGGGCGAGCACCGGGCGCUGCACAGCAAGUACCAGGCUCUGCUGCAGCUGAAGGACCGGUGGGAGGAGCAGCAGGAAGCGCAGCAGCUGAAGCAGGAGGUCCAGAAGAACCGACUCCUCCAGCAGGAGAACCUGGAGCUGAAGUCUGAAGUGGACCGACUGACCCAGAACCAGGACCAGCAUGCAGAGCACAACCAGAACCUCCAGCAGCGGCUUAACGAGCUGAAGAACUCGUUAAGCUCGGCUCAGCAGGAAGUGAGCCAGUGGACGGCCCGGUACGACUCGCUGAUGGACCAGAACCAGAACCUGGACCUCUCCAUGACCAAACUGAACAACCACUGUGAGCUGCUGAGCCGCCUGAAGGGGAACCUGGAGGAGGAGAACCACCACCUGCUGAGCCAGAUCCACCUACUGGGUCAGCAGAACCAGACCCUGCUGGAGCGCAGCCUGGAGAGCAAGGAGCAGUUCCACCAGGAGCACAAGCUCUACAUAGACAAGCUGAACGCGCUGCGGCGGCAGAAGGAGAAGCUGGAGGAGAAGAUCAUGGACCAGUACAAGUUCUACGACCCGACACCCAAAAAGAGGAGUCAGUGGUCCGGAGCCAGAGCUCUGGUUAAGCUCAUCAAGCCCAGGAAGGAGAACGGCCGAGACCAGGACCAGAACCGGGAGCGGGCCCGAAGCGCUCCGGACAUCCCCCUACCGUCCACGCCCCCCCCGAUUCCCCCGGAGGCCCCGCCGCCCGCCCCCCACCGCACAGGAAGUGACUCGCUCAGUAACCAUAGCAACCGGAGGAGCAGCCCGGGCCGGACCGCCCCCCCCAGCCGAGGCCCGGCUGAGCGCGGUGGACAUCGCAGCAGCAGCGACAGCGUCAACGGAGACGAAGCUAACGGUGUGAUCCACAGGAACCGCCCGAGUUCCACUCCAAACUGGGCCUCCGGAACCAGCACGGCAGCGACCCGCAGAACCAGAACACGCUGCGUUCCUGACCCGGAAAUUGUCGUUUCGGGUUUCUUUGACGAAGACCAGGUCUUUGGAGGCCGACCCGGUUCUGAAGACUUCAGCCACAACACGUCCGGGUCCAGUUCCCCCAUCACCUGUAGAGAUGCCUUCGAUCGCCCUCAGCACUCAACCAGCCUCUCCAGUGAUGAUGUCAUGUUCCUCAGCCAAUCACAGCAGAGCCUGUCACGGAGCUCCACCCUCCCUUAUGACCACGCCCCCCAGAGGGCCCAACCGCAGCGUGGAGGCGGGGCCAGGACUAAGCCCCGCCCAGGUUCUCCAGGAAGUGAGAUGGUGACACUGGAGGAGUUCCUGGAGGAGAGCAACCUGCUGUCUCCGCCCCUGCUGUCCACCGGAGGCGCUGACGAGUUGAUGGCGGACUACUUCAGCCGAAGCCCCGCCCCCUCCGCUGUGUCUGGCAGGGAUCAGGCCACGCCCACCAGCUAUGUUUCUCCCACCGUCCACUCGGCCAAUCAGAGGCUGGGUCAGAGUGUGAAACCCUCCCCUCGACAGCCGGCCGGCCAAUCGCUGAGCAGGGCCUUCAGCCUGGCCUCCGCCGACUUGCUGCGCUCCCAGGGACCCGACAGUUACCGUGGAAAUGAGGCAGACGGGGCGGCGCGGUGCGGAGGCGGGGCCAAGCGCGAGCGCCCCCUGUCGGCUCGGUUUGCCGAGCCGACAGGGUUUCCUGCCGUCCGCCAUUCGCCGUCCCUCAACCUGCAGCAGGACCGGGGGCGGAGCCACCGCGGGGAGGUCGCCAUGGUGACCCCCGUCAGGGCUGCGCAGCCCGACCCUGCCCCCGAGGGAGGCGGCACCUCGACGGAGGGACGGCCCUCUGACUCCGCCUACUCCAACAAAGAUGGCUCCUCGGAGCGACCCAAAAGCACGCCGGCAUCUCCGGACCCCAAUAACGACCCGCAGACCGUCUGGUACGAGUACGGCUGCGUCUAAACCGGACCGGGUCAAAACACAUUCCUGGAACAGAACUGGACUUGCUCAGAACCUGGUUCUGAUAGGUUCUGCAAGUUCUGAGUAGCCAGCAGGUUGAAUGCUGGGAAGCAGCCCGGAACAUUCCGGCCCGGGUAAACAGAACCGCCCAGUAAUUACAGCCUUCCUACAUGUUUAGCUGCUGUCCCAGAAUGCAUCACUUUCUCGUUCCGGGAAGCAGAACCGCUGGGUCUGACCCAAAACCACUGAGUGUGGGCUGAGGCCCGGCCCAGACGGCUGUGGUUCUGCUGGGCCUCUAGGCCCGGCUGCAGAAACUGGACCUCUGUUAACAGAACCUCAGAACCGGUUCGGUCAGGAACUUGACCUCUGGUUCUGGUUCCACAUAGACAGCAGCAAGAAACCCGCUCCAUAUCAGAACCUCCAGAACCACCAUUCGG